CACUACCUAAUAAUGGAAGUGAUUUUCCUCCAACAGCUGUUGCCUCGGCUCUACCCGAUUUUGUGCAAGACCAUUGGAUGGAUUCAUGGUAUGCAAACGAAAUGCACUUAAAUUCCCCACCAAAUUCUCCUAUCGGUUUUUCUGAAGAUCGAACCGGUGGUGGAGCUAUGGGUGGUGGUUCGAUUGGAGGAUCUGAUGUAGAUGCAGCAACAGGCUAUGGAAUACCGAAAGGAAAUAGUACAAUUGGCUCAGGAGUAGGAACAGAAUCGGCUGGUAGUUCAAAAAUGCUGCCUGAUUUCUUAUCCGAUGGUCCAAUUAUACACUCUUCACAGCGUUUAGCAGACGUAGCUGCCGGUCUACCAUCAAACUCAAUGGGCUCACCAGAGGAUAAUUCAAUGACAACACAACUUUCGCGACUUAGAAUUGAAAAUGAAAGAUUACAGCGUGAAUUGAACGAGGCUCGUAUAGCGCUAAAUGAACAAACGCGUCGUGGUCAUGAUCUGGAACGACAGCUACAGGACCGCUCACGUGUUGAUCUAACUUAUAGCAGAACAUUAUCUCAAAACAUGUCGGAAGUGGAAGCAAUUUUGGAUAAUAAUAAUAAACGUGCAGCAGCGACGCAAAGUCACGUGACAAAAUUAAAACACCAAGUCACACAGUUAACGGCUCAAGUUGAAACAUUGCGACGUGAGAAUUAUGAGUUACGUGAAGAGGGUGCAGUUGGUGGCUGUAGUACAAGGGGCUGCACAACAGAUGGAGUUAGUGCUCGUGGCAAAUGUGAAAGACCGUCCAGAACACAACAGAUUUCUAAGGAAUUACUAAAGGCAGCAUCUAAUGCGGAAAAUAAUUUAAAACAACUUCUUCUUGGAGUGGAUAACUUACGUCGACUAGCUGCAAAUAUCGACAAUUCAAAUAGUCCAGAACCAUAUCCAGAUUAUAUGGAUGAUUGUGAUGAUUUUGACGAAUACUCCGGCGGACCUGCGUUGUAAAUUCUAGAAAUCUAAAAAGAUAACUAAAACUUAAUAAAAUAUUUAGUCCUUUCAGUGAAUCUAAAAUAACAAUUACCAGAAUUAUGUUUGCUACACAUAUAUUUGUUAAAUAUUUACGCAAAUUUAAAAUAUA